CAAAGCGAAGCCAAUACGAAAGAGUUGUUGGGUUGGUCUCGCUAGGCGGGCGUCAAUGGAGAGCGAGCCAGCGCAAGUCCACGGCGGCGGCGACAACCUCAACGUGCGUGUGCAGGCGGAGACCUCGCCGCGCCGGCGUCCUGCCAGCACCGGCGGCGCUGCCCCGGCCGCCGACCCGCGGGAGGCCUUCUCCUGCAACUACUGCCACCGCAAGUUCUUCAGCUCGCAGGCGCUGGGCGGGCACCAGAACGCGCACAAGCUCGAGCGCACCCUCGCCAAGCGCAGCCGGGACGUCGCCGCCGCCGUGUCGCCGCCGUCCCGGGCCGUCCACGGCUUCGACGGCGUCGCCGGAGGCUUGUGGGUGCCCUACCACACUGCGGCGGCGGCGGCGGCGGAGGACGACGUGGCGCCAGCGCCUCCGGCGACCGUCGACGGCGGCUGCGGCGGGCUCUACGGCCGGAACGGGGAGGAGAUCGACUUGUCGCUGAGGCUUUGAGCUAAUUAACAUACGCGAUUACACUUAAUCAUAGUCAUGAUUCAUGCAUGAUUACGUACCUAGCUAGCUAGCUAGAGCUAGCGUUGAUCGAUAACUAUUUUGCAUCAUCUGGUGGAACACGAUUGAUUUCCAGCUAGUGGAACUGUUUGAUCAGCUAAUUAAUCUAUAUGUAUAGGCCUGAUCGAUCUUUGAGAGAUAUAAUACAUAUGGUUAAAUAAUAACUCAUUAAUCAAGUAGUUGAUCCGCCUUGAUCUAUAUAUGGCAUAUACAUGUAUGCUCUCUCCCAGCUAAUAUAUAAUUGAA